AUGUUAAUGCAACAAAACAUGAACGGAGAUACUCCUUUACAUGUAGCAGCAAGGUCAAAAUCAACGCUAAUAGUUUCACUGUUCAUUGAUCACGCUUGCCGAUAUUCUCAAGCCAUCGGAAAUCAAAGGAAUGAUGAAGACCAUGACAUUAAUGUCGAAGAAGGGAUAUCCAAAGAUUUGCAACUUGUGAGAAUUGCAAAUAAAAAGAAAAAUACAGCUCUUCACGAGGCGCUGCGACAUCAACCCAACUCAGGGAUACCGCAGUUGUCAAGAAGUGCAGACCGAGGUUUUGAAUAUUUUUCCAACGAUUCAGGUGAGUCCCCACUUUACUUGGCUGUCGAGACUGGAACUCCUGAUCUUGUGGAGCAUAUGCUCAAGAUUUGUCCAUCUCAAAGUUAUGGUGCCCCGGGUGGACGAACGGCUUUACAUGCAUUAGCUCUUCAAGAUGGUUCCAACUUUCAAGGGGCUCAUUUAAAAUUAGUCAAUCUAUUGAGACAUAUAGUGAAAGAAGUCGAUAAAAAUGGGCGUACUGCACUUCAUUAUGCAGUCCAUUGCAGAAACAGUGAGUUCGUUGAUGCUGUAAUGGAAGUCGAUCCAUCUGUUUGUUAUAUGUCUGAUAAAGAUGGCAUGACAGCUCUCCAUCACGCUGCAGCAAAAGAAGUUUUUGGAUCUUGGAGUUCAAAAGAAGUAAUCAAAAUAAUGAAACUAAUGCUUGGACAUUGCACGGAUUGCUGGGAAGUGCUAGACAACCAGGGAAGAAAUUUUCUUCAUCUUGCAGCUCAAAAUAAUAAUUCUCAUGUACUCAAAUACGUUCUAAACGAGAUUAGCUCAGAUUUGAUUCUGGAAACGAUUAUAGGAAUGAAAGAUCAAAACGGAAAAACACCUUGUCUAACAGGCGAGGAGUUCUAUCCAAUUAUCGUAUCUAACCCCAGGCUGGAAGCGAGAGACUGGUUCGGGGUCAGCUUUAACUUGUGGGAGAUUGAUCUUAACAAACAGUUUCUUGCUUUAGUUUUAUUACCUGGAGGUUACAACAGCGACGGACCACACAAAGGCAUGGCUGUAUUAGCUAAUAAGCCGCCUUUCAUCGUGUUUCUAGUUUCUAACACUUCAGCCAUGGUUCUCUCUGCUGUGGCUAUUAUAAUCCAAUUUGUGGGCAAGAUAGUGUCAAUUGCGCUAGAAGACCCUGAAGAGAGGAAAGAAAUCCUUCUUCAAAUGGCAAUUUUCUGCAAUCUGCUUGCUAUCCUAGCAAUGAUGGUGGCAUUUGUGACAGGAAUCUAUACAGUUUUAAGCCACUUGCCUGAACUUGCAAUCUCUGUUUGUACUCUUGGUAGCAUCUUCUUUGUUUUAGCUUUCUUUCUAAUCUUCAAGAUUAUGAAGUGGGUGAGAGAAGAUGAACUUCGGGAUAGCUUUAAAGAUUAAUAAUGAAUUUGAAGCUUAGCAGGAAAAGGGAUAACUUGG